AUGACAAUGUUGCUGUACAAUAAGGGAGAUCCCGACGAUAUUGGCAACUAUCGCCUAACCUGCCUGCUGUCUGAAAUAUAUAAGCUUUUCAAGCGCUUCAUCCUGAACAGGAUUGGUGGAAUAUUAAAUGAAGGACAAGCAGGGCUUCGGAGAGGGCUCAGUACAAUCGAUCAUAUUCACACUCUUACAAAACUCAUUGAUGUAUCACGAGAGUACAAAAUGCCGUUAUGUCUUACGUUUAUCGACUUGAAGAAAGCCUUUGACACCGUUGAGACAGAAGCGGUAAUUGAAACCUUGGGCAACAAUGUGUUCCAACUCAAUAUACAGUAG